AUGUUGAAAAUGAGGUGUGUCAUCCGAGGGAUAAGCUACUUUUGUCUCUUCCUGGCAGUUGCCAAUUCUGUGGUGUCCGGCUUCAACUUUGACAACGGGAUAACACAGAAGAAAUAUUUGGUCCUUCAAAAAUCAUAUUUUGACUGUAAAAAUUACAAUGUUAUAAGUAAAAGGAAAUCCUCCCUGAGCGUAAACCACGGAGAACUGUACUGUGACGAAGAUCCCUUCUGCAACUACUUCCUAUACAAUGGCACAAAGCAAGAAAUCCGACUUUGCUAUGACAAGAAAUUUGUCCUUAAGAAGCCACGACAUGACGAACUGUGGCUUACCAGCGUGAAGGAAAAAAUCUUUGAGCAAUUCUCCCCCGCACUUGUAAAUACACAAGGUAUAUGUAACCACAAGGUGGAGAAAUUUUACUUUCAAACCCUAAAUGAGGCCAUCAAAAAGGCAAAGGAAAAAAUGCAAAACUUUAUGGUACUGAAUUUUCAACCUAUUCAAAAGGAUGAAAACAAAAUUGAGGGGUAUUUCUGCGAAGUCAUAGAUUACUUCGUCGAUCGGGAAAGUUACGUUGUGUUCGAUUUUGCCAAGUUGGAAAAUCCCCAUCAGUCAUGUCUCAGAACGAAGAAAUGUGGAGCACGCGGAUCGAUACAAGCAGAUGAUAGCAAACAUGAGGAGGGCAUCAACCCAGGGGAUGUGGUAGAAGCUCACAAAUUUUAA